CACUUUAGCCCGCCCCAAUCAACGGUAUCAACUCGUGUGUGGAAAUAGGUCCGUGUUUGAGUUGAUGUAGCUAACGCUAGGGAGUACCUUUCGGCGAAUAGGAUGAUGCUUGGAGUUGUUUACUUCUUUCGUCGAUUGUUUUUGGGGGGUCCUCGAAAAGAGUGUGGAAAGGCUAGAGGAAGCCACAUCUAAUUCGGCGACAUUGACGUUCGCUGAGACAAGCACUUCAAGUAAAGAGCAGAAUCCAGCAGCCCCAGCAUCGGACAACUAGCUAGCUAGAUAGUUCGUAGUUGUUAGCUAUCCACCUCUGUUAAACAACAAGGUGUCCUGGAGAGUAUUAUACCAAGAUUGCAGAUUGUUAGCGUGCCAAUUAGGACAGGAGUGCCACGGAGACCCAUACGGGCCUAGUGGUGCAGCAUGUGAUGACCCACGCCCAGAACAAAGGUUCUCUUAGCCAGAGUCGCAGCACAGUGACGCGGGAACACUGCCCCGAUAGGUCACAUGGUGAGACCAUGGGCGGGGCCUGGCCUGAGCGCACGCUGCGAUUCGGCAGGACCAUGAAGAAGGGCGGGACUAAGCGAGGAAGGGGUGGGGUUAAAGAGAUGAUGGACAGGAGGGAGAAGACUCCGGAGCGGAAUAGGAGGCGUAGCAGGAAAUCUUAUCCCUUACGAGGAAGGGGAGGUGCUCCGGAGGAGGAGGGACUUAGCUGUCACGUUUUGCUCACCCGACUGGAGAAGGACAUCCAGGAGCAGGAGGACACCAGUGAGAGGGGGAAUGAUUCGCCAAUUCAACCGCCUGUCAAACCUGAAUCCCGGAGCAAGAAACUGGACAAAGGAAAAGACAAAGCCAAGGGGAAACUCCUGGCAAAGAAGAUGAUACCAAAAACUAAAUCAAAAACCACCAGUGAUGAGCAGGGGUUGCCAUUUCCAGAGCCGCGUAAGCGACGGCUAGCUUCUCUCAACGCUGAGGCCGUGAACAGUCUGCUGUUGGAGAGACCUAACGAGACCCAGCCGGCUUCUAAACAGGCCAGGAGACAGCAGGAUGAGCAUACCAGCGGUGAGUCGUUCCUGGGGACAGAUCCAGCCAGGCGCGGGGUGACCGGAGGUCCUAAUGCUCCAAGAACCAGCAGCAAGGCCUCCGCAUCGCACAAGCCUGACCCGUGCCAAAGCUCCAGGAAGACUAAGAAGGUCUCCAAGAAACCAGCCAAACCAGACAGAGGACAGAAGAAAGAGAUGAUGACUUUACAGAUGUUACACACCCCUGCUCCCCGACGGCUAGCUGGACUCAACGCUGCCGCGCUGCUAAAGUUAACGAGCACCUCGGCGACUAGCAAACAGCGAGUGAAAACGACAUCAACGACUACGACGAUGGACUGCAAGGCUACGAGCACCGCAUCAGUUGACGUGGAGCAAAAGCAACCGCAACCGCGACCGAAUCUUAAACCGUGCAGCCGCCAGCCUAAGCAGAAGGGAAGGCAGUUGAUUCCAGAAGAGGUAGGCUGUUCUGCCUGCAAGAAGUCCAACUUUGAGCCCAAAGUGGAGUGGGAGUCUGGCGGUUGCACCCACCGGCUAACCAAACCAGGCUACCAGUCGCGCAGCAUGCUAGCCUACCCGUUGAAGCCCGUCGUCAAAGAGGAGCAGGUGGAGGCAGAGCUGAGCCCAUACUACUGCUGCCCCCCAGAGGGCUCUGUGGAGUACUGCCAUCGUCUGGCCUUGUUCCUGGGUCAGCAGGCCUACGCCGACUCUGAAGAACGACCUUUAAACUCUGCCCUAACCUCUGUGAAACGGGAGUGCCUAGUGACGUCACCCUCCCAUCCCCACUCCCACGCAGCCCUGACCCUCAGCCCCCACCCCUGCCUCUGCACCGCCGACCCCGCCUGCUUCUCCAGCUACUACGUCCACAUCGCCCAUCCUACACACCCUGGAGCUCCGUCAGCCAACCUCAGCUCACGACCUCUGAACUUUGGCUCCUCGACGCUGUGUCCCGGCCGGGUGUCUGGCUCCAAGCUGCUGGGUCCUCCGGUGUCCCAUUCCUCGACGCUGUCCCAUCCUGCCUUCUGUGGCUCAGUGGGCACUCCCUGCUACAGCGAGGCCUGCCGGGUCAGCGGCUACACAUACAGAGCCAUGCAGCCGGUCAACAGCAGGGGGUGCUCUUUCUCCACAGGCUGCUCCGGGUGUACACACAGCAUCAAGACAGAGGGUUACUCCUCCCCCCAGGGUGACCACAACCCCUCCCUCCUGGUUUCUCCCUCUCUCCCCCUCUCAGGCUGUCCCCUCCCUACCACCCCGUCCUCCACCCAGGCCAAGCCCCGUCUCCUCACCCCCCUGUCUGACCGCAGUGUGCCCCAGGCCAGGCUGAAGCUGGCCAGGGAGUGCCCUCAGGGCUCCAAGCCCCCUAACGGCUCUCUGUCCAUGGGGAGAACCAGGCUGUCCCAGAAACAGCCAGCUCCGACACCCAGUCUAUCCCCCGCCAAGCAGAAGAGGGUCAGCCACCGACGGGCCACCAACGGGUGGCUGCCUGUAGGAGUGCCCACAGAGAAAGAAGUGUUCAUUGCGGGGGAGGACGAGACGGCCUUACGGCAGUGUUAUGAAGGAGUACAGAGAGACGGCGAAGUGAUACGUGUCCGAGACACAGUGCUGCUGCGCGCCGGUCCCCGGAAGAAGUCCCUGCCCUACGUCGCCAAGAUAUCAGCGCUAUGGGAGGACCCCAAAUCUGGAGAGCUGAUGAUGAGCCUGUUCUGGUACUAUCGACCUGAACACACACAGGGAGUCCGAGACCCCAGCAUGCACUGUGAGAAUGAGAUUUUUGCAUCUCGGCAUCAAGACGAGAACAGUGUGGCCUGCAUCGAAGACCGAUGCUAUGUUCUCCCACUAGCGCAGUACUGUCGAUUUUGUGCCUUGGUGAAGCGGCGUGCAGAGGGUGUGCCCCCUGUCGCUGCCAGAGUGGUCCCCUGCCCCUCAGACUUCGACCCCCCCGACCACCGCCAGGUGCCCGCCGACAUAGACCCUGAACUGGUGUACCUCUGCCGCCACGUCUACGACUUCCGCUACGGACGCAUCCUGAAGAACCUGCAGUAGGGGACAGCAGAGGACAGGCAGACAGACCAACCGUAGUGGAGCACACGCACUCCUACACAUGGGGCUGAAGGAUGAGAGGGGGAACCCCUGAAGGGUUUUGGGGGUCCCCUGAACUGGAGGGAGGGCUGCUGAAGAAUCAAGUAUUGGAGGGGGACCACUGAUAUCUGAAUCCCCAGAAUGGCGUUAAAGGAGUGGGUACUGAAGUACCUUACCCCCUUUUACAACUGUUACUAGGGAGGUGAAGUUUUGACCCCCUCAACUGGAACGAGAACUGUACCGGCAACGGACAGAAGGGAGAGAUCAGCUAGCUGUCCUGGUUAACCAUGUCCUGCUAUACCAGGGCUCAUCACCAUGUGCAUGGACAGCCAUGUUGGUGACCUAACAAGAGGAAGAACUGCGCUACCAGAGCCGUACAGGGCUCGUCAUGACAAUGAUGUUAGAGCCUGAUGUGAUGACAACGUUCUUCUUCAUUUGUGUUUGUCUCUGAGGCAGCUGUGAUCGAGAGGGCACUUGCAGCUUGAACACACACACAAUUAGGUUGUGUGUGUGUGUGUGUGUGUGUGUGUGUGUGUGUGUGUGUGUGUGUGUGUGUGUGUGUGUGUGUGUGUGUGUGUGUGUGUUCAGUCUGUUGGCUACAGUGAAACCACAGGUGCAGGUUCACAAAGGAAGUGGAAGUCUCACCUUCCCCUCCUGCAUUGUCCGAACAGAACACGACACACUAUUCUGAAGUACCCUCAGCGCUGGCUGAGUCUCUAAUCAUACCCUAUUCCCCAUAAAGUGCAUUACUUGGCAGAUAAAUGUUACUGUAUAGCAGGGUUCCCCAAUAGGCAGCCCCCCAAGUUUUCUGAACAAAAUUAUUUUUAUUUAUUUAUUUUUAAAUAAUGGUUGUUGUGGGACAUAAAAAAACAGUGAAAUCAGCUCAAAGUGAUUUUAAUUUAGGAAAUCUGUCAAGUAUUCCCACGCAUGAAUGGAGAUGAUCAUAUCCCAGUGGAAUCAAGGUUUGAAAUUAUGUUUUUGUCAAAUACUAUAUCUGUUUGGGAUACAUGUGGUCAAUUUGCAGGGUACAAAUAAUUUAUAACCAUCUUCCGGCUCCCCGACCAUCCGCUCAAGAAGAAAUUGUCCCCGGCUGAAUGUAAUUGGGAACCCCUGCUGUAUAGGGCUUUGGUCAAAGACAGGGCACUAUAUGAAGAAUAGGGUCAUGUGAGAUUAAAUCCCCCCUGACCCCCUUUUUCUGUUCCUAAGAACAGGACUGUCGUCAUGCUUUUGUCCAACGGUCCAAUGGAGAGCCCCCUUACUGUGGAGGGCUAACCUCUCCCAUGCUCUGCAUUGGCCUAUCAGACGGAGGGUUGUUGAUGUCAGUGCCCACCUCUUUGGAGUGUUCAGAAGGCUGAAACAUUCCAGAACGUUCAAAUGGAAAUGUAACGUAUUGCAGAGACCAUUGCUUACUAUACAUGUCCAUCUUAACUUUCUGUAAUGUUGCACUCUCCUGAACGCGACCCUGUUGUUCCCAUGACUUGCCUUAUGACUUGCAGGUAGAGCUUUAGGCAGCUAGUCCCACCCAAUUAGAAAUUGGAUGAGUAGAAUGGAAAAAGUAUAAAAUCACAGACAAAAUCCACAUAGAUUUCACCCCGGUCAACACUUUGCCAUUGUUGUUUGAGUAGAAUACUGAGAAAGGCUUGGUUUCCUCAGAAAUUCCGAGUGAUAAGCAUUUUAUUCAACAUUACAACAUGGUACAUCCAAUAUGGCUGCUGGUCUACAUGUUGUGGAUCUUUGUCCAUUCUACUCAUUCUACUUCUAUCCCCCCAUCCCUUUCCAUCCUUCGAAGCUCCGCCCUCUCCAAGAUAAACCAAAGGAUGUCACGAAGCAGAGCACCACCACUCCUCUCCUUCUCUUGUCCUCUUCCCUCCUCUCGUCUCCUCCCUCCCUUGUUAGAUUGCACUAAUCCAUUACUUAAUUACAACGUCUAUGAUUGUGUUCUGAUUUAUGUUAAGCUACUAAUAUGUUAUAUUAUAACUGGGGACAAUACUGUGUAUUAUCACUGUCUGUGCGCUUAGUAGAGAAUGGAAACUAAGGCUGUGUCAUGGCAACUUUUAUCAAUGCAUAACUACUUUAUGUGUUUUACUAUUAGAGACAUCCGCCAGCAUACUAUCUAUGUGUUACUUCAGGGGUGGACGACAUUACUCCUAGCGAGCUACUGGGUAUGCAGGCUUUCUCUCCAGCCCUGCUCUAACAACUGAUUAGUAAAAGCAGGUGUGUUAGUCGGAGCAGGGCUGGAGCAAAAACCUGCAUAUUCAGUAGAUCUCCAGGAGGAGUGGUGGUCACCUCUGGUUUAUAUGUUACCUGCUAUCCAACCAACCUGUCAUAUCAUCUAAUGAAAUAAUAUGUACAAUGAAAAAUCAUUCCUGUAGAUUGUGGUUCCACACUGGUAUUAUUGUUGUUCAUCCACGCUGUCCAGGGGGGUUCAGGUGAGUUGGCAUCUUGGUGUAACUCGCUGUCCAGGGGGGUUCAGGUGAGUUGGCAUCUUGGUGUAACUCGCUGUGCGGAAUGACGUAAUGUGAUGUUCCAAAGGUUUGGCUUGGAAUCUCUGAAAAAUGUCCUUUUGAUACGCGUUAUUGAGAUGUGUUGGUUUUUAACCACAAUCAUUCAACAUUGCCUUGUAACCUUCUGCAGAAGUGUCUGUCCGUCACGUGUAGUCCUAGACAAGCGGCAGUGUCUGACUGAGUUAGUACUUCUUAAAACACUACCUUGGAUUGCUUUCUUACUGUGCAAAUGUUCUAUUGCUGGACUUUGUGCCUAAUCUGCAAAGUUUUGAAUAAUACCCAAAAGCCAUCUGAAACAUUUUCCAUUCUAACAGUUUGAAUCAUACCCCAAAAUAGCGACUAAACAAAGCUUGUAUCGGAUAAAUCAUAUAAAGGUUUAAAUUUAAAUAUUAUCAAUAGGUAUUUUGUUGCUAGUGGUGCCCAGAUUCUUUGAAAAAAAUAUAUAUAUUCUCCUACUUUACAAUUUUUCCUUAUCAAAAAUAUUUUAUUAUGUCAAUUUCUUAAGAUGGCAUAUGCAAUAUAUUUUUCAGAGGGACUAUUUUUGACAAAUGUAUGUGUAAAUCGAGGAAGUAAAACUUUUUCAUUUUAUUUUAGCUUAGUUUUGAAUUUGAAUCACAAGUCAUAAAUUGAGAUUUGACCAAAAACCUGGAAGAUGAGAAAUGGGAAGGGUUAGGUUAUGUUUUGGUUAAUUUCUGACUAUAAGGGUUGGUGCAAGAUCUGAGGUCCCUACCUAAAAGAUGUUGGUUACACUUUAUUUUACAGUCCAGUAUUCACUUGGGCCCAGAUUCACAAAACACUUCAUAAGAUUGUCGUAAGUGCAAUUCCUCCACAAUAUCUUAAGAUUUAAUGAUUUUCUUACGAACUUCUCAAAUAUCUUCUUACAAAUCAUCUUAAAAUGUUUGUUGCAAGGAAACCGUUUUAACUAGCUAUCUAGCUUGUAUGCCAAUCAUGUUAGCAUAUUUCUUCCUGAGAUUACUGUUCUAAAACAUGUUUUGGGGUUUAAAAUAAUACGUUUGUGAGUGAAUUAAACAUUUUCAAUUGCUUUUAUGAGCUUUUUCUCCCACUGCCCUGAGUUUAAGACAAGGGUUUGGCUAUCUUUAGAAUUAACAUUUCCAAUAAUUUUAUUUAAGAAUCUAAUUUCUUAACUUUUUACUUAAGGAGAAACAUAAGAAAUUGCGCAAGAACCUUUUUGAGGAAUAGCAACUUGGCAUAACUUUCUUCUUAAGUCUAUAGUUAAGGAAAAAGUGUCAGUUAAGAAGAAAUGUCUUCUUUAAAAAGGUUUUGUGAAUCUGGGCCCUGGUAUUUACUUUAAAUUUGCAUGGUUAAAUGGCAGUUAGUUACCUAAUAUUUACUUAGUAAUUACAUUUUAGUUUCUUAAGGAUUCAUUGGAAAAAGUAUAACUUGGUACCAAGUAGUUACCAACCUGAGUUGAAUUCUUUGAAAUAAUAACCAGAAGGCAGAAGGUGCCAUUUGAGACGUGACCUACUCUGUAGUCUGCUGUGGUGUUACCACUUAAUAUCUUUCUGAAUACUAUAUAAAUACCAGCUAAAAGAGGACUGUAAAUAGAGUUUUAUGAAAUUAUUAAGUGUACAUAUUUGAACCCUGACUCUGUGACCCCUGACCCUCUGUAGACAGCAAUUGCACAGUGCAGUAGUAGUAUUUUUUUGCAAGACCUGUAGCUGAUGAUUAUAUUUAAAAAUGAAUACAUAAAUAUUUAAAUGGAGUAAACCAAUACAAUAUAUAAAGAUUUCAAUUUAACUUA